UAUUUCUAUAUGAAUCAUUUAGAUUUAGAACAAAAUUUGUUUUUAGAUUGGCAAUUAGGAAUUUCUAUAUAUUUAAAUAAUUAAGUCGCAUGUUUCCAACUUUUAUUGUAUAAAAACAAUAACAUACAUUGUGCGUUGAUGUAAGCCGGUGUAGGUAUUUUCACCCAACCCGCUUUUAUUUACGUAUUAUAAGGUGCAAUAAAAUAAUGGAGAAAGAUGAUGAAAAGUUCUUUUACGAAGAUGAAGUGGCCAUGGUGUCUUCAAAAACUGGUCUAGUAAAGUAUGGUUUGGUUUUAACGACGAACAGAUCGCGAUCAGAAACCGAGUUAAAAAAGAGCUCAUAUAAGAAUCAUAAUGAGAUCAAAGUGAUCUGGCAUCCAAAUGGAGCUGAAGAAAUUAUCUCUGAUGAUAAAGUUGUGUUAAUGGAUCGAUCAUUAAUGCCUGGUGAUGUAGUACGUAGAGUUAGUGAAGGCAAGCCAAGUCAAUUUGGAUAUUGUGAAAAUAUUGAUAUAUAUGCCACAGUGAAAAUACUUAAUACCAACAAAAUAAUAGAAAAUAUCAAUUCACGAAACUUUACUCACACAAAACCCUUUGCAAUUGAUUCCUCUGUUUUUUAUGAAUCCUGGGUUGGUGGAGUUUAUGAUGUCAAAUGUAAAGUUACAUUUGUUACACAAGAUGGAUCUAUUUUUACAUUAGAGGAUCCAUAUAGACGAGACUUCAUAAGUCUAUCUACAAGUGAUAGUUUUUCCAUUGAUGACAAUGUAUUUUAUCAUGGGCAAAAAUUAAAAAUGUGUCUAGAUUCCUUAGAUGGUGCAACAUUUUUAACUAUCAGUAACUUAAUGAAAUGUUUAUGGCACAAUUAUAAGAAGAGUUUCAGCUAUAAAGUUGGGGCCAAGUGGGUCAAAGUUUAUGUUCAAGAUGUUGUUGUAUCAUCGGUUGAAGUUGAAUGGUACUGUCAAACAUCAAGUAGAACAAAGCCGCGUGAAGAAUAUUGGCCAGAAAGAUUAUUUACUGGUGAUAAUUUGAAAAAACUCAAAACUAUUGAUCUAUUUGAGUCGUGUUCAAUUCAAGUGGGAGACACACAUUGGUAUACAAUUAAAGAUACCGAUAAUUUGAUGACAAUGAAACAGUGGCGAUCUAAAUGUACAGAAACAUUUAAUAAUGGACCCGGUUCAAUUCACAGUAAAACUAAUAAAGAUAAGCACCACAAUAAACUUUUAGGUACCAAAAAACCAUCAAAGAGCUCACAUCCUAUUGAGUUGGAUCCUAUAAAUAUAGAUGACUUAUUAAGUACACAAAAUGGAUCUAGUAGAAACGUUUUAGCUGUCUCAACACAAAGAAAUGAAAGAAUAUUAAAUAAGGAAUAUAAACUUGCAUUACUAGCCAAAAAAUGUGAAUCUAGACCAUCUACAAGCACAACCGGCAAUAGUUGUGUACAUACAUUAAAAUCAAACAGACUAAAGAGGAACCGUAUGUGGAAAUCAUUAAUUAAAAAAAGUAAACAAUUCAAUAUACCUAAAGUAAAAACCAAACCAAAUUCCAAAGUUGUAGUUGAGAUUUGCUACACAAAAUCUAUGGUAGAUGUUGUAUGGCAGGAUGGUACUAAAGAAACGGGAGUUUCUUCCACUGAUCUCUACCCAGUACAAACUCUUGAUGACCUUGAGUUUUUUCCUGGCGAUUUUGUUACUGAAAAAAGUCCUGCAUCUGAUGUUUAUGGUGUUGUAGAAUCUGUGGACCAUGCAGAACGCACUGCUCAUAUACAAUGGUUUAAAGUUUAUCCUGAAAAUCCAUCAUUGCCAAACCCUAUUGAAAAGACUUAUUUUAGUGUAUAUGACUUACGUGAUCAUCCGGAUUUCCAUUUUAAAUCUGGUUGUCUCAUUAUACAUAUUAAUCCUGAUACAAACCCUGAUUUAAAUACCUUAACUGCUGGACAAGUAUUAAGUGCAGGGCCUGAUGGCAGGAUCUUAGUGAUGUGGGUUAAUGGUGAAAAAACCGAAUGUUGGCCACAAGAAUUAUUUGUAGUCAAACUAAAUGAUGAUGGCUUCAGUUUUCAAGAUGAAGAAUAUGAGGAUGAAGAUGAUGAUGCACCUCUUGCUGUUGAAGAUGACUUAUCUGAAGAUUGGAUGUCUAUAACCAGUCCUGGAUCAUCUAAUAAAAGCUGUGACCAAGUACACGAAGAACGGAAAUUUGCAAGACUAUUUUGUCCAAUUACUAGAGCAAAAUGCUUUGAGUAUAAAUUUAUUUCUAGAUGCUGUUAAACAAAAUUGUGACAUGGAUAAAGUUCUUAAAUUAAAAAAAGUUUUGGAACAAUAUAGGUUAGGAUUUAACGUUAGUUCGUUUUUGCCAACUUCAGAAUGUAAAGAAAAAGAAAAAGAAAUAGAAACAUGGUACAAGGAUCUCAUCGAUAAUAUCUCAAAAUUAAUAGACAAAAUAAUCUCAAGAAUAGGUAUUA